AACAUAUAGUUAACUGAACAUCCACCACUUUGAUUUUGUUUGUUCCAAGAUGCUAGGAGGAGUUUGUGCACUUGUUACAAUCUUGAUUUUGGCUCAAAGUACAAGUCUAAAUUCACACCAUGAAGCAGCUGAUUGGAGUUGCAAUUCCAAAACGGACAUCCAUAUUCAAGCCCAUUUCAAUCCAGGAAGAAUCACCCUCGAUGGUCAAGUUGAUGACUGGAAAGAUAUUGAUGGUUCUGCGUUUUCCAUUUUACCUGCUUUAGACCCACAUGCUGAUAAGGCAUACAAUGGUGGCAAAAUGAAUGUCAAGGCGUCACAUGAUGGCAAAGAGGUUUUCUUCGUGUUGCAAGUCGACGGGGAUUAUACAUAUUCUGAAGGAUACAGUAACAAAACUGCAUCAGUUGCUUUUAUGUUCCAAAUUGGUGAAAAUGCAACUUAUCAUAGAAUGGGAGGGUGUGAAGAAGGACCUGAUGCUUGCACGAACAAGUCAUGCAAGGGCCAUGAGGUUGACCUUAUGCAUUUCUCAAUAGGAAAGGCAAUUCCUGGAAGACUCUAUGGAGGAAACCUGGUAGACAACAGUGAAGGAAAUGGGGGUGACAGGUUUGGUCAUUUGGUUGAUCUAUAUUGUUGGAACCCACACUGCCGUUAUUUGGAUGGCUAUGGUCCGUCAGUGAAUGAUACUAGUGCACAGAAUGACUGGAAAGGAACAUGGUGGCACAGUAGCUUGACUCACUCAGGUGUUGUUAAGGAUGACAGCCCAUAUUCGUCCAGCAACCAAUCCGGUGCAUAUUAUUUUGAAUUUUCCAGGCCGCUGAGAACAAUGGAUCACCUUCAACAGGAUGCUCAGUUCACAAUUGGCAAAACAAGUAAGAUGUCUGUGGCUUUUUGGUAUCCCGUGCAUGGAAAACCGUGGCACGGGUCUGGUCACUUUUCAAUUAGCUGCGAUUGGAUACUGCUGGAUAUCUUGCCAGAUAGCUCAGAGCUCACCAAGGUGUCACAGGGAAGUCCUUGGGAUGCUGCUACAGCAUUCUCUCUUCUCUUUUCAGUAGUGGCUUUUUGUAUAUCCAUCUUUGUUGGGCAUAGAGUUUCAAGAACCAAGAACAUCCCUUUUACACCCAUGAACAAUCUUUAAUACUGUGGCAGGUUCUUCCAGAUGGGGAAAAAAAAACAAUUUGCACUUUCUUCCUAGAACUACCUAACUUGUUUGCAUUUUACACUUUGCAAUUGGAAUUCUGUAACUCACCAAGGUCAGAUAACCCUUUUGCUUUCAAGAUGAGUGAUGACGUUGAUUAGCUAUGAAGUUCAUUCUUGAUUCUA